GGGUUUCGCGAAGUAUCACAUGCUUUCUGCAGCGUGACCACGGAACGGGAAGCUGGGUGAUUGUGUGUUUAUCACUGGAGCUGUAUUAUGUUGCGUCCCAAGGCUUUGACCCAGGUUCUGAGUCAGGCGAAUACGGGGGGCGUGCAGAGCACCCUACUUUUGAACAAUGAAGGUUCUCUACUUGCGUAUUCUGGCUACGGUGACACAGAUGCCAGAGUUACAGCUGCUAUUGCUAGCAACAUUUGGGCUGCCUAUGAUAAGAAUGGACACCAGGCCUUCAACGAGGACAAUCUUAAAUUCAUCCUUAUGGACUGCAUGGAAGGCCGUGUGGCAAUUACAAGAGUGUCCAACUUGCUGUUGUGCAUGUAUGCCAAAGAGACUGUUGGGUUUGGAAUGCUGAAGGCCAAGGCCCAGGCACUGGUGAAUUAUUUGGAGGAACCGCUCAACCAGGUUUCGGCAUCGUAAGAAGAACUUACAGAGAUUACAGGGAACAAUUAACUUAUAGAGAAGCUGUUCAGAAGGCUGCAAAUACAGCAUGCUGAUACAUGAAGGACUGUGUCCAUUUAUUAAAUAGAAUCUGUUAAAUGUAAUUUGCUACCUCUGCUAACCACAAUAUGUAGCCAAAGUGGCUAGCAAAUGCAUUGCAAAAGCAUAUGUUCCUGUCUUAUUUGGGCGCACAAAGGGUUAGUUACCAUAUAUGUAUUUUGUCCGCUUUACUAACUGAUGCUUUACAUUUCUGUUUAGGACAGACUAAUUGUCAGUGUAUGCUCGGCAUUCAAAUUGAAUAUUAUGAAAUAGGAAUAUAGUUCCGUAAAUAACUUUUUUUUACCACUAAACAUUUAAUACAUUUUAUUCUAUAUCCGUUCUUAAGAUUCAAACUGGUUAAGUAAAUGGGUUAUUUAUUAUUAUGUUAAAAAUCAAGAAGAUAUUGUUUUGCAGUGAAACCUUAAAUACCACAUGUUUAAAUAUAUAGAUAAUUAUUGGGUUGAUCCCUUUUAUAGGUUUCUUAGAGUGAAGCAAAGAGGAUGUUUGUGUCUUUUAAAAAAAAAAAAUUAAUUGCAUACUGUAGUAUUCAUUAAGCACAAUAUUUCCAGCUGCUAGUUAAAUGCCUUAUGAAUUAAGUUUGUUACUUUUUGCAACAUUGAUUCAUGGUAAAUCCAUUGGGACAUUAAAAUAAUAAAGAAAAAUCACACCUACAGAAGAACAUUAUUUAGAUGUUACAUUUAUUUUCCACAAAAAAAGGGUUAAAACUGUUAUAUUGAUUUUGAGACAAACAGGAAGUGCACUUUGGUGAACAGUGACACACCCAUGAAAAAAGCCCUAAAUCUGUAAUACAUUUUAAAUGCCCACUAUCCGACACAGCAAAGAGAAAAAAAUAUGUGUUAAUGUCCCUUUAACCCUUUUAUUGCUUGAAGGAUUAUAUUGUAUUCAGCGAUAAUGGAGUUUUGAGGGGAUAGUGUUUGUUUAAGGGAACUUUCAUGCUGAUAUUUUCUGCAUAUAUAAAAACAAGUCCUGUUUUGCCUCUAAUUUUGUGACAUUUUGGAAGUGCUGUUCACCCCUUGCUUCUUUAUACUUUAUUGUACUGUUCACUUACAGCACAGGAGCUGGUAAAACAAUGUAGUUUGCAAAUUGUCUUGGUCCGCAGAUGUGCUUACUGCUAUAAACUUAUAUAAUGUACUGAUGCUAUUUUUUCAGAAUAAAAUAAAGAAACAUUA